AUGAACUUGGUUAACAAAACUAAUAAAUGUUGCGGCUGUGUUCCUUUAAGAGGGGGUGUCAUUUUCAUCUCUAUUUUUUCUUUGGUCGGAUUAACAUAUAUCGUUCUUAGUGAUGUAUUAUCAAUUUCAAUCGAUGAUUAUGGUAUUGGAACGGUUGUAGAUUUAGUUAUAAGUGUCCUAUUCCUCCCUGUGAUUAUCUUUGGACUUUUCGUUACUUGCUGCGAGAGAAAAGCAUACCUUUUAAGAGUCUUUUCAAUCCUUUAUAAUGUCUUUACGGUUGUCGAAAUUAUAGAUUCUUUAAUUUCAAUCAUUGUUAUUGUUGCAUAUAGAAGUCCCGUUGUGAGUGAUUGUUAUAGUUCAAAUCCGAAUGUUGAUUGUGAUUAUUUAUAUAGCAAACUUGAAGCACAAGUGAUAUUUGUUAAUGUCAUGAUUAUUUUCCUUAUGACUCAUUUUGCCUUGGUUAUCGCUGCUUAUGCUGAAAACCGUAAGGCUAAAGAAGAAAAGGCUUCAGCAAAUAUUGCUUCGGAAAGUAAUAACCCUCCAGUGCAUAAAGUUUUGGAUGAUUCUUCAGCAAAUGAAACUCCAAUACGCAGUGCUCCUGCGAAAUGUUAA